GAAGCCAAGGCGCCUGAAGCUAACAGCUAAAGCUAACAGCUACCUCCAGCAGUUAGUAACAGUUUAAAGCGGUGAAAUGUUCAGAAUAAAACCUGAACUUUAGACUUUUGAAUAAAGUUGCUGUUUGUUUCAUGUUUGACGCAGGUUGUGAGGAGACUCCUGCAGGAUGUAUGCUGUGUACAGACAGGCCCACAGCCCCACUGCGGUGGAGUUCUCUGUUUACUGCAACUUCAUCUCCAGCACAGAAAAGAACCUCGUCGUUGGAGGAACAUCUCAGCUGUUUGUGUACAGAAUCAUCCAUGAUGUGGAGAGUUCAUCCAGAUCAGACAAACCUUCAGAUGGCAAACCUCGCAAAGAGAAGCUGGAGCAGGUGGCUUCCUUCUCUCUUUUUGGUAACAUAAUGUCCAUGGAAAGUGUGCAGCUCGUUGGAUCAACCAGAGAUGCACUUUUACUCAGUUUUAAAGAUGCUAAGUUGUCAGUUGUCGAGUAUGACCCCGGGACACAUGACCUGAAGACGUUAUCUCUUCAUUACUUUGAAGAACCAGAACUUAGGGAUGGGUUUGUCCAAAAUGUGCACAUCCCUAUUGUCCGAGUGGACCCAGAGAACCGCUGUGCUGUGUCUUUGAUAUACGGCACAAGGCUUGUGGUGUUGCCAUUCAGAAAGGACACUCUCGCGGAUGAGCAGGAGAGCGGAGUUGGGGAAGGCCCCAAGUCCAGUUUUCUGCCCAGUUACAUCAUUGACGUUCGAGAGUUGGAUGAAAAGCUGUUGAACAUCAUCGACAUGAAGUUCCUCCAUGGAUAUUAUGAGCCCACAUUACUGAUUCUGUUUGAGCCCAAUCAGACGUGGCCAGGGCGUGUAGCUGUGCGGCAGGACACCUGCAGUAUCGUUGCCAUUUCCCUCAACAUUAUGCAGAAGGUCCACCCUGUCAUCUGGUCCCUGAGCAACCUGCCGUUUGACUGCACUCAGGUCAUGGCUGUUCCUAAACCAAUUGGCGGCGUGGUCGUCUUUGCGGUUAAUUCCUUGCUGUACUUAAACCAGAGUGUCCCUCCGUAUGGCGUUGCUCUGAACUCUCAGACCAUCGGCACCACGGCCUUCCCUCUGCGCAUUCAAGAAGAAGUGAAGAUCACACUGGACUGUUCCCAGGCCGACUUCAUCGCCAACGACAAGAUGGUGAUUUCUUUAAAAGGAGGGGAAAUCUACGUGUUGACUCUGAUCACAGAUGGAAUGAGGAGCGUGAGGGCGUUUCACUUUGACAAAGCUGCUGCCAGUGUCCUGACCACAUGUAUGGUGACUAUGGAACCAGGUUAUCUCUUCCUGGGAUCUCGACUUGGAAACUCACUGCUUUUAAAAUACACAGAGAAACUGCAGGAAACGAGGUUAGAAGACGCAAAAGAGGCACAAGAUGAAGACAAAGACAAACAGGAAGAACCUCCAACUAAAAAGAAGCGAGUUGAGUCUUCUGCAAACUGGACUGAUGAAGUAGAUGAGAUAGAAGUUUAUGGAAGUGAAGCCCAGUCUGGAACUCAGCUGGCCACGUUCUCCUUUGAGGUGUGUGACAGUAUUCUAAACAUUGGACCAUGUGGUAAUGCUUCUAUGGGAGAACCUGCGUUUUUGUCUGAAGAGUUUCAGAGUAACCCCGAGCCCGACCUGGAAGUCGUCGUCUGCUCUGGAUAUGGUAAAAACGGGGCCUUGUCUGUUCUCCAGAGAAGUAUUCGGCCUCAAGUCGUCACCACUUUUGAGUUGCCCGGCUGCCAUGACAUGUGGACCGUCAUCGCAAGUGAAGAGAAAAAGUCUUCAAAGCCAGAUGACUCAGAGGAGAGUACAGAGGCUGAGACCAGCGAGGAGACGGAGGAAGGAGAAAAGAGAGAGAAAACAGAGAAGGACAAAGAGGAGAAGAAAGAGAGCGAGGAGAAGUCUGAGCCCCCCCUAGAGGACGAUUUAAAGAAGCACGGCUUCCUCAUCCUCAGCCGUGAGGAUUCCACCAUGAUUCUACAAACCGGCCAAGAGAUCAUGGAGCUGGACACCAGCGGCUUUGCCACUCAGGGACCCACUGUUUUUGCUGGAAACAUUGGAGAAAACAAGUACAUCAUUCAAGUGUCGCCCAUGGGCCUCAGGCUCCUGCAAGGAGUUUCGCAGCUUCACUUCGUCCCCGUGGACCUGGGCUCUCCCAUAGUGCACUGCUCUGUGGCUGAUCCGUAUGUGGUCAUCAUGACGGCUGAAGGAGUGGUCACCAUGUUUGUGCUCCGAACCGACUCAUACAUGGGCAAAACUCACCGCUUGUCUCUGCAGAAGCCGCCCAUCCAAACUCAGCCUCGUGUGAUCGCUCUCUGCGCUUAUCGAGACGUGAGUGGGAUGUUUACCACUGAGACUAAAGUGAGCUGCUCUGUCAAAGAGGACGUCAUCAUCAGGGGCCAAUCUGAGACUGAGACCUUCAUCCACGACAUGAGUAACACUGUGGAUGAUGAGGAGGAGAUGCUCUACGGAGACACCAGCACGACCACCACACCCGCGAAGGACGACUCGGGCCGGGCCUCGGGGGCCUCGGGGGCUGCGGGGGCCUCGGGGGCCUUGGGGGCUCCAGGGGCCUCUGAGGAGAGCUCGGCCAAAGUAGAGCCCACACACUGGUGCAUGAUCAUCAGAGAUAAUGGAGUCAUGGAGAUGUACCAGCUUCCAGACUGGCGUUUGGUUUUCCUGGUGAAAAACUUCCCAGUGGGACAAAGAGUUUUGGUCGACAGUUCCUCUGGACAAUCGGCCGCUCAGGGAGAGUCCAAGAAAGAGGAAGUGACCCGCCAAGGCGACAUCCCAUUGGUUAAAGAAGUGUCUCUCGUUUCUCUCGGACACAACCGCUCUCGGCCUUAUCUGCUGGUCCACGUCGAGCAGGAGCUUCUGAUCUAUGAAGCUUUCCCGUACGACCAGCAACAGCCUCAAAACAACCUCAAAGUGCGCUUCAAAAAGGUGACCCACAGCAUCAACUUCAGAGAAAAGAAGUCAAAGCUAAGAAGAGACAAAAAGGCGGAGCAAGGGGCGCUAGAGGAAGGCUCCGCCCCUAAGAGUAGAAUCAGUCGUUUCAGAUACUUUGAGGACAUCUCGGGAUACUCAGGGGUGUUCAUCUGUGGCCCAUCUCCUCACUGGAUGCUGGUGACGUCUCGAGGAGCCUUGAGGUUACAUCCCAUGACUAUAGAUGGCGCUAUAGAGUCCUUCUCUCCGUUCCACAAUAUAAACUGCCCCAAAGGGUUUCUGUAUUUCAACAAACAGGGGGAGCUGAGGAUCAGUGUUUUACCCACGUAUUUGUCGUACGACGCCCCCUGGCCCGUCAGGAAAAUCCCUCUGAGAUGCACCGUCCACUAUGUGUCCUACCACGUCGAGUCUAAGGUCUACGCCGUGUGCACCAGUGUGAAGGAGCUCUGCACUCGCAUCCCAAGAAUGACCGGAGAAGAGAAGGAGUUUGAGACCAUCAACAGAGAUGAACGUUACAUCAAUCCUCUGCAGGAGAAGUUUUCGAUCCAGCUCAUUUCUCCUGUGAGCUGGGAGACUAUUCCCAACACCAGGUUGGACCUGGAGGAGUGGGAGCAUGUGACCUGUAUGAAGACGGUGGCGUUGAGGAGUCAGGAGACAGUCUCUGGGCUCAAGGGCUACGUCGCAGCAGGGACUUGUCUGAUGCAGGGAGAGGAGGUCACCUGUAGGGGGCGGAUCUUGAUCCUGGACGUGAUCGAGGUCGUCCCUGAGCCGGGUCAGCCCCUCACCAAAAACAAAUUCAAAAUCCUGUACGAGAAAGAACAGAAAGGCCCAGUGACCGCCCUGUGCCACUGCAACGGGUAUUUGGUGUCCGCCAUCGGCCAGAAGAUCUUCUUGUGGGUUCUGAAGGACAGUGACCUGACGGGCAUGGCCUUCAUCGACACUCAGCUCUACAUCCACCAGAUGCACAGCAUCAAGAACUUUAUUUUAGCAGCAGAUCUGAUGAAGAGCAUCUCUCUGCUCCGCUACCAGGAGGAGAGCAAGACUCUGUCCCUCGUCAGCAGGGACGCCAAACCACUCGAAGUUUAUGGGGUUGAAUUCAUGGUGGACAACAGCCAGCUUGGAUUUUUAGUUUCAGAUCGGGACAAGAACCUGUUUGUUUACAUGUAUUUACCUGAAGCUAAGGAGAGCUUCGGAGGCAUGCGUCUCAUCAGGAGAGCGGACUUUAACGUCGGCGCCCACAUCAAUGCGUUCUGGAGGAUGCCCUGUAGAGGCGCCAUGGACGCCGCCAGCAGAAAGGCCCUGACCUGGGACAACAAGCACAUCACCUGGUUUGCGACCCUCGAUGGCGGCGUCGGUCUGCUGCUGCCGAUGCAGGAGAAGACGUAUCGUCGAUUACUAAUGUUGCAAAACGCACUGAACACCAUGCUCCAGCACCACGCCGGCCUCAACCCCAAAGCCUUCAGAAUGAUGCACUUUGACCGGCGAGGGCUGCAAAACUCCGCACGAAACAUUCUGGACGGAGAGCUCCUGGCCAAGUACCUGUACCUGAGCACGAUGGAGCGCAGUGAGCUCGCCAAGAAGAUCGGCACCACUCAGGACAUAAUUCUGGACGACCUUCUGGACAUCGACAGAGUCACUGCUCAUUUCUGAGCAUCACAUUCUAGUGGCGCCCUCUGCUGGAGGAGUUUUAUAUUAGACUUUUGUGAAUCUUACGUUUUACAUGUUUAAACUAAAAGAAAGAGCAUGUUUCUGUAUUUUGUAUAAAACAUGAGUAAAAGAAAUCAUUCC